CUACGCAUCUCUCGCAAAAGGAGAGAAUCGAACCACGGGAGAGGGAGAGGGAGAGAAAUAUCUGUAGAUCUCUCUCCUUUUUUCUUUUUCCAGUUCUCUGGUCUGUUUUCGAUAUUUGCUUAGCGUGAGAAAUGGCGGACGAGCCUUUGCCCACGCGCUGGUCCUUCGAGGAGUUUAAGAUGUUUUAUGAUGUUAAGUUUGGGAGAAAGAAAGAACCCGAUGAAAAAGAUGCAGCCAUGAAUGGUCAAGCUGCUGGUGGGAUAUGUAAUGGGAACUUGUCCAGCGUAACAUCAAGUGGAAGUGGGCAUGUGAGAAAUACAUCUGACUUGGCCAUCUAUGAACAGUAUCGGAAUCAGGAUGGGCAGACCUUGACCUACAGUAAUGGGAUUUCAUCUACUAGAUCUUAUGAAAAGCUGCAAAAGUCUCUGCUCCCUGCUUUUGAAUCUGUUGAAAUGCGUGCAUUAGCAGAAAGUUUAAGUAGGGAUAUAAUUCGUGGAAGCCCAGAUGUGAAGUGGGAAAGCAUAAAAGGGCUAGAGAAUGCUAAACAGCUACUUAAAGAAGCAGUUGUCAUGCCAAUAAAAUAUCCCAAGUACUUUACUGGUCUUCUAUCACCAUGGAAAGGUAUUCUACUGUUUGGUCCUCCAGGAACAGGAAAGACUAUGCUUGCAAAGGCUGUUGCAACCGAGUGCAAGACCACAUUUUUUAAUAUUUCAGCAUCAUCUGUUGUCAGCAAAUGGCGGGGUGAUUCAGAGAAGUUGGUGAAAGUUUUGUUUGAGCUAGCUAGACAUCAUGCACCUUCAACUAUAUUUCUUGAUGAAAUUGAUGCCAUCAUUAGUCACCGUGGUGAAGGACGUAAUGAGCAUGAAGCAAGUAGGCGUUUGAAAACUGAACUACUAAUUCAGAUGGAUGGUUUGACACAGACAGAUGAACUUGUUUUUGUCCUUGCUGCUACAAAUCUCCCAUGGGAACUGGAUGCAGCCAUGCUCCGGCGUCUUGAGAAGAGAAUUCUUGUUCCUCUUCCGGGACCUGAAGCAAGAAGAGGUAUGUUUGAGGAACUAUUGCCAUCAACACCCGGUGAGGAGAAACUUCCAUAUGAACUGUUGGUUGAAAGAACAGAAGGUUAUUCAGGUUCUGAUAUACGGUUGGUGUGCAAAGAGGCUGCCAUGCAGCCCCUGAGACGGUUAAUGGCCGUCCUUGAAGAAAAACAAGAAGUGGUGCCAGAGGAAGAAUUGCCCAAGGUUGGACCAAUCAAAGAUGAGGACGUAGAGAUGGCUUUGAGAAACACGAAGGCCUCGGCGCAUCUCCAUGCUCAUCGCUACGAGAAAUUCAAUGCUGACUAUGGCAGUCAAAUACUUCAAUGAAGGCACCUCCUCACCUGCUUAUUUCACUUUUAAUAUUGUCUACAUUCUUAUUUCUUCUUUUCAUUUGAUGAUUUAUUUGAGUGUUGAGAGCCCUAUAGAUUGUUUUAUAUAUUGUAGGCUAUAGCCAACCACCCUCCUGUAAUUCCUCCGUUAGAAUGACCAGAUUUUUAAAGAGCUUUGCUUGAGAUUUUUCUUUUUGCCAAUUAAAAAGCUUUGAUUGAGAUUCAA